AUGAACUUACCUCCAGGUACAGCUCGUAAUCGUGCAUUAUACGACAAUAUCUUUGUUCUUCUUGCAUGCAUUAUCAAUCGGAUACCUUUGUUUCUUUGUGGAAAGCCUGGUUGCAGUAAAACAUCAGCCAUUCAAAUUGUCCUUAGCAAUCUCAAGGGCAGAAAAUCAAAUGUUGAACACUUUCGCAUAUUUCCUGAGUUAGUACCUGUUUCGUUUCAGGGAUCACAGAAUUGUACAUCUGAAAGUAUUACGAAAGUAUUCGAGCGAGCUGCUGAUUAUACACAAGUAAAAAGUUCAGAGGAGCUCAUUCCUGUAAUUGUAUUUGAUGAGAUUGGUCUUGCGGAAUUGUCGCCUCAUAAUCCUCUUAAAGUUCUUCAUGGUGAACUAGAAAUAGAAAAUUGUCAGUAUGGUUUCGUUGGUGUAUCCAAUUGGCGCCUUGAUGCAUCGAAAAUGAAUCGAGCACUUUAUCUUGCAAUAUCUGAUCCUGAUGUCAACGAUUUACAAAUAACCGCUGAAACGAUUUGUGAAAGUAUGAGUACUGAAGAAUAUUCUAUUCAACUCAAUAAAUCAGUUCUUGAAGGUCUGGCUUAUGCUUAUUAUUCGCUACGCGAAUUUAUGAAAAAAACUCACCAUGAAGCGGAAAAUUAUUUUGGUCUUCGUGAUUAUUACUCAUUAAUAAAAGGAAUUGUUCAUGAUUUUCGUCAUUUUGGUGCUGAUUCAGAUAUAUAUGCAAUUAUUCAUCGUCAAUUAGUCGUUAAUUUUGAUGGUACUGAAAUUGGAUUUGAAUUUGUAUGGAAAAGCUUUUGUGAAAAAGUCAAUCGACUAGAUUUACAAGAUCAAUAUCAAAAACUGAGUUUUGACAUUCUACUCGAUAACAGUUUAAAUACUCGAAAAGGAAGAUAUCUUAUGUUGAUUGGAGAAAAUGAGAGUGUCAUUGACUAUGUUGAACGUUACAUUGUUCGACAUAGAAAAAAAGAAUCUGCCGAUGUACGAACAAUUGUUGGCAGUUCAUUUCCAGGUGAUUUACUCUUAGGUAAUACCUAUGCUGAACAAUACAAUUAUCGUGUUCUCAUGGAUAUUAUUCUCUACGCUGAAAGAAAUACGAUAUUAAUUAUGCGUCAAAUGGGUCAUCUUUACGAUAAUUUAUACGAUUUAUUUAAUCAGAAUUUUUCUGUUGCGGGUCGAAGAAAAUUUUGUCGGAUUUUUUUGGGUGCUCUCUAUCAUCCUCAAUGUUUUGUUCAUGAGGAAUUUUAUUGUGUUGUUCUUAUUAACAAACAAGAUGUAGAUAAAUGUGAUCCACCACUAUUGAAUCGUUUCGAGAAACAUGUCAUUGAUUGGCAUAGUCUUGUUCAACCACGACAUUGGUCGAUGACAAGUGCUUUGCUUUCAUGGAUUGAUACUCUUAUCCCGACUAAUUUAGGAAAAUAUUUUCCUUUACGCCAACAUUUGUUCGUUACUUAUAGUCAUGAUUAUCUCUGUACUCUCAUUAUUGAGGCAUUCGAUUGUUUACAUAUUAAUGUUGAUAAUGACGAAACCGAAAUUGAAAAUUCAAAAGUACUCAAUUUUUGCAAGAAAACUCUGCUUCGAACAAGCACUUUUGAUUUACCAAUAAUUCUUGCUUUGAAUUCGACGAAUAAUGAUAUUAUUGAUCAAUAUUAUAAUCUACGUGAACAUUUCUCGUUUAAUCAAUUAAUAGAAGAAGCAUUCAAAAACAAUACAUUGAACAAUCGAAUCAUUUAUACAUAUACUCAACUAUAUCACGAGAUCAAACUCCCGUGUAGCGAUGUUGAAGAAGUCAAACUGGGAAAUCUUAAAACUGAACACGAACUAAUUAGUUAUGUAAAAAAUCAUUAUAAAUCUGAACAUUUUUCAACACGUCUUCUUUUGAUUCGAGUCGAUUAUCAUGGUGAACAUCAACAUAUUCUGUCACUAAAACAUGUUCUAUUCAAUGAACACGUUAUAAGGAGUAAUCGUGGUAUAUGGAUUAUAUUUCAUCUUCAGCGAAAUAUGCUUAAUCAAGUAACAAAUAAUGUUUUAUUCGAUAAUUGGCCAGUAGAUAUGAUUGAUGAUCUCAAUAGUCAUGAAUAUAUACCUCGCAAACUUCUUCAAAAUCCAUCUUAUCUUGAGUUAAUCUCACAUUCAUUAUUUUCUCUUUCGGAUUGUCUAUUCGAUGAACUUGUUGAUCGAUGUUUAACUAAAUUUCGCUAUUCAACAUUUUAUACAGAUGAUGAAAAACGUAUUAAUUUUCGACGUAAUCAAAUAAUGAACAUUCUUAUUAAACAAUAUGAUAAUACAAUCGAUGAAAAUAAUCUUCAUCUUCGAUCAAUUGUACAACACAAUCUUAUCGAAAUAAUUCAAACAAUUUCAAUACCUAAUAAAACACGUUUUAUUGAUUGGCGUCUUGAUCUUUUAACAAAUGCUGCAACAAUUGCAGCAAGUCGUUCAACUCUAGACGCUAUUCAAGCAACAAUUGCUCUUUUUUAUGACACAUAUUUUCUUCUUCUUUUAGGACAUCUUGAAAAAUAUUCAUUUAUUGAUUCAUAUAUUUUUUUAAUUAAUAAUAUUAAUAUUGAAUAUCGAAUUAAUCUCAAUCAACUUUGGAUGAAAUGUUUAAUAAAAACAUUAGAAACAAUUGAUACUAGUGUUAUGAAUCUUGAUACAAUUCCAAUUGAUUUAGUAUUUGAUCUUCGAUUACCUUGUGCAGCAGCUGAAUAUGAAAUUAUAAAACAAAUUCGUGAAAAAAUUGGAGACAAUCAUCAAAAUAAUUUUGAUGAUGAAUUCGAAGAACGAGAACGUCGAGCAAUAAGACAAUUACGAGCAAAAAGUAUUUAUGGAACUGAUUUCAUUGAUUAUAUAUUUGAAAAUCAAAGUUUAUUUAAUCAUUAUUAUCAUGAUCAAAUAGCCAUGCAUCUUCGUGAUACAAAUAUUCAAUUAUCAACUGAUUUUGUUUUUACUCUAUUUAUUGAUAAUAACAAAAAACCAAUAGAUCAAGUAAAAAGUUUACUUACUGAUAAUGUAGAAACAACUAUAAUUCUUCGUUUAUUUGAAAUUGGUACACAACUUGUAAAACAAAAUGAUCUUAUCGAUAUUCUAAAAUGUCAAAUAAUCGAAUUUAAUAAUUUAACAAUUGAAAAACGUCCAUAUUAUACUCUAAUUUGGAAGAAUGAUAAUCUAUAUCAAAUUCCCCCAUAUGAAACAUCGAUAGAUGACGAAUUAGUGUUUGAAUGCAAGGGUAAUCCAUUGAUUGAAACAAGUCUCAUGAAUUUAAUUGAACUUCUUCUUUCAUCAACAAUCAUUCAAGAAGUAACAAACAUUGAACAAUUAACAAUUAAUUUUAGUUUAAUAGUUCGUGGUAUACGUGAUCUGCCAUCCUAUGAAAUUCUUAAUCUUGAGAAACUUCGUUGUUUUCUUAGUCUUAUUCGUUGUUUAACUACAUUGAUACCGGAAAAAGCACUUACUAUUUUACAACAUGAAUGUAUCAAAGGAUUCAAUGGGAAAUUUUCUUCUAGUCAAUCGAUUCAUGAUUUUAUUAUUAAUCUAUCGAAUACAAUUAGAAAAGAAAAUUCUCUAGAAAAUGAAAGUCUUAUUCACCAUACAUUAGACAAACUUGAAAUGGGCUUUUUUAAAGAUUGGAUGGUUGAAAAUAGUGAUUCGUAUGAUGAUAUUCUUAAAUUAUUGGAUGAAUCCAGAAAUAAUCUUUGGCAUUAUUCGGCAAAAAAUUUGACAUAUAUCGAUCGAAAAUUGAAUUUAUUUUCGACAAUAAAAACAACCAAUGGACAAUUACCAAUUGAUGACAAAUAUAUGAAACUUGACGAUAUUUUUAGACAAUCAACUAAUUCAACGCGUAAAACUGAACACUUGUUUGCAAAUCGAUUUCAUCUCAAUCUUAUGAUGGAUGUUACGGGUGAUCAAAUCGAGAUAAUGCUCACUAAACAUUUUAUUCAUUUCAAAGAGAAUUUUCAAGAGAUUCAAUAUGUAUCAUCUGAAAAUCCAGCUAGACAUAUAGCAUUAUUAUCAUGGAUUAAAUAUUACUGCCAAAUGUAUGCAUUUGCAUUAAAUAAUGAUAGUCGAGAGAAUAUUAUUGGAGAAAUCAAUGAUUUUCUUUCGACCAAUGAAUCACCUUUUUGCUCGACCAUCAAAUUGUUUAUUACUAAACAACUACUUCAAUUAUCUAAUCUAACUCUUCGUCAAUUACGGCAACGGUUUAUCAAUCGUAAUGUACAUUGGAUUAAAUCGAUUCUUGAACCUUCACAAGACACACAUCAAAAUCUAAAUUUACCAACACUUCUUUUUGAAUCGAAAGAUGAAUUUGAACGUGUUAGCAAAAUUCUAUCUCAAACUACAGAUCAAAAUGAAUUACGUCGACUAAUUCAAGAGUGUGUCAAUCGUCCUGAAACAACUUAUUCAUUUUUUCUCUAUUUCAUUCAUUAUUAUUCGUGUUUUUAUACAUUCAAUACACCAAUCGACAAUCAUUGGAAAGAUUUAUUUGAAAAUGAAUUGUCGACAGAUUUGAUUAAAGUUUUUGAACCAAUUGGUCAACAAUUACUGAUUUCACUCUGCAGUAAUUUUACAGUCAAUUCAUAUUUUCGCUUAUUACCACAAUUGUCAAUAGCAAAUAUUCAUUGUCGUUUACUUGCAUUGAAUAUUAUUGUUUUAUUCCUAUCGUUCAAAAUGAAUCAACAAAUAUCACUUUUAGGCAGUUUAUUAUUUGACAGAAAUCGAAAAAUGCCUACAAAUUAUUCUCAACAUCUGAAAAAAAGUUGUUUACCUGGUCUAAUUACUAGUGAUCGUAUUGUUAAACAGAUGAUUGAUGUACGUACACAAGUUCAAGACCGUUUGAAUCGAGGUCUAAUUUAUAAGAGUGGCAAAUUCAUUUUUCAAUGCUCCCGUGAUUGCCUGUGGACAUUUUAUUUUGAAAAUUGUGGUGUUCCCAAUGACCGUCGUAACUGUCCACUCUGUGAAAAACCAAUUGGGGCCGUACGAUACGGUAUUCUUAUUGAACGUGAACCACCUCAAAUAAGAAGAUCUAUUGAAGAUGGUUUUCAAUUUAUUAACAAAUAUAUUAUUGAAUCCAAUAAAAUGAAUCGUUUCGGGUAUCACAAUUUAGAGGCGGCAGAAUUGAGUGCCGUCGAUGAAAAACCCGAUCACUUAAUUCUUCCGAUAACAUUUCGUUUCAUUCAUCUUUUAACACAUACAAUCCUAUUGUUUCUUUCCGAUAGAGAAUAUUUGUCUGACAAUGAUUUAAAUAUUCAAAAUUGUAAACAACAUUUUCGUAAUCAUAUUGAAAAAGAUAUUGAACUACUUUCUCGUCAUUUACCCAAUCCUGAUGAUUGUUAUAUUUGGAUGUACAAAUUACUUAAUCAUUUUAUAAAUGCAACAUUUUUCGUUGAUGGAAUUUUAGAUAAUAAUGAGAAAAUAAUUCAAAUCGAACAAGUGAUAGAACAAAAACUUAUUCUUACACAUUUGGAAUCAGUAACAGAUGAAAUAAAUCAAUACAAAGUUGCCUAUGCAGAAUUUGUACGUGAAUGUGAUACAACACCACUACUUCAAGAUUUUGUGAACGAACUUUGCAAAAAUGAAGAAUUUUAUCCUAAUUUAUCAUUUUUCAAUGUAACUAAAUUUCAUACAACAGAUCCAUUAAAUGAAUUUAUUGUUAAAAUGGGUUCAUUACCACAUGGAGAUAGAAUGUAUCCUAUGACGAAAUUUAUACUUAAACGUCUUGAUGAUUAUACAAAUAUCCGAUAUCUUUAUCCUAUUGUUAUCUUUUCCAACUAUCUCAUUGAAAAAUUUAAUCAUCGUAUUCGCCGUAUUGAUGCUGCCUGUAUGAAACUUUCAUAUUAUUUGGAAAAUGACAAUGAUCAUAUUAUGCUAAAACAACUUUAUGAACACUUUUUACAUGCAUGGUAUUCAUUAACAAUAAAAGAAUUUCGUUUCAAUUGUAUAACAUUAAAAUUAGAACGUAUAGAAAAUCGUUUAAAUUUUGCUAAAGAAACAAGUAUUGCUGCUCUAUUAUUGAAUACUUCAAGAGAUGAAAGUAGCCUUUUACUUGCAGCUUGCAUGAAAACAAUAGCUGAAUUACAAAAUGAAUUAGUUAAUUAUUUUCAUAAUGCUGUUGCUCAUAGUGGAACAUUAGAAAAUCGAAAACAUGUUAAUCUUCAAGCAAUACAUCCUGAGCAUGUAUUUUGGCUUGAUCGUUGCGAUUUGAGUCAAAAAUUAAUUGAUGAUAGUGCUGUUAUUAAUUAUGAAUAUGGAAAAAGUAAAGAUAUGAUAUAUGAUUAUGAAGAAGUUGAGAUUUAUUUGCGUGAUAUGGUUAGUCGCCUUCCAUUGAUUGAUACAGAAAAAUUUCAUUUUCUUAAUUAUCAAUUUGAACUCUAUAGUGAAAACACAUCAUUAAUCAAUGAUGUUCGAGCUCGUGUUAAGCAAGUUCGAUUGAUUGACACUGAACGAAUACAUUUGUUUAAUUUAAUUUCGAGAAUGAAUCAUGAUGAUAUUCUUCAUUAUCUUGGCUCACUAGAUUAUAUCUUUACUUACUUGCGUAAUUGUGUGAUGGAUGAAAACAAUGAUCAUUAUGGACCGACGAUGUCAAUUCAAAAUUUUGUCGAACUUUAUAUUCCUUCGCAUACUUGUUUAAAAGAUAAUAUUUUACGGAAACCACCUUUUUCAACUGUUCAACUUUGUUAUUUAAUUGAUCUUUAUGAAAUGUUAGAAGAGUUUGCAUUUGAUCGUAUACUACGCCAAUAUCUCAAUAAAAAUCUAUGUCCAGAAGCAUUUACAUCUGAAGAACGCCUUCGAGUGAUUAAUCAAUUUGGACGAGCGACAUACGAAAAAGAAACCAUUGCGACUACAUUAUCAUCAAUCGAUUGUUGGAUUGGAAUGCUUAGACGACUGAUGGUUCGUGUACUUAAUGCAAAUGUUGCUCUCGAUGUACCACUUCAAUUAUACUUGGAAAGAACUGAUCUUUGGAGUGAUCGUGUGAGUAUCACUCUCUGGCAUUCGUUCAUUGGUGGUCCUGUUGCUUUCAAAACGUUGCCUCGUCAACAGUUCGGUCUGCUCCAAAGCAAGCUGUUUCCUAUCUAUUUUUCAUUGCAAAGUAUUCUUAGUGGUAUAUGCUUGAUAACAACAUCAAAUCGAAAUGCUCGUGUCAUUUUUCUUAUUGGCGCUCUGGGUGGAUUAAUCAAUUUAACGAUUGUGGGACGUUGGACGGCAAAGAUUAUGAACGAGAGACACAAAGUAGAAAGAGAAGAAGGCAAACAAUACAACGAUCCUGAUAUUAGUGAUCGACUGAAAGCAUUAAACAAGCAAUUUGGCAUAGCCCAUGGUUGUAGCUCAGUUAUCAAUAUGGCCGUUGUACUGUCGCUGCUCGUGUAUCCGUUCAUUUCAUCUCAAAUCAUUGUUUAG